AUGAGGACUGUCAAGACUCACAUCGCGUCUGUAGACGCUAGCCCAUCGGUUAACCACGGCGUUAUAGUGGUUGUUACUGGGAAUUUAACUGUGAGCGACAUGUCCCAGGUCGAUGAUGGGUCUGUUAAGCCAUUGACCUAUACGACGACUUUCUCUCUGCAGCCUAUACCUGAACUGAAGGGUGGAUUCUUCAUCCACAGUCAGAUCUUCAGGGCUGUAGGUUGA